GCCGCCGCCUACGGUCCAGACGCCAGGCCAGGCCAGAGCCCCGGGCGGCUGGAGGCGCUCGGCGGCCGCCUGGGCCGGCGGAAAGGCUCAGGACCCAAGAAGGAGCGGAGACGCACAGAGAGCAUUAACAGCGCGUUUGCGGAGCUGCGCGAGUGCAUCCCCAAUGUGCCGGCCGACACCAAGCUCUCCAAGAUCAAGACUCUGCGCCUGGCCACCAGCUACAUCGCCUACCUGAUGGACGUGCUGGCCAAGGACUCACAGGCCGGUGACCCCGAGGCCUUCAAGGCUGAACUCAAGAAGGCGGAUGGAGGCCGCGAGAGCAAGCGAAAAAGGGAGCUGCAGCAGCACGAAGGCUUUCCUCCUGCCCUGGGCCCAGGCGAGAAGAGGAUUAAAGGGCGCACAGGCUGGCCACAGCAAGUCUGGGCGCUGGAGUUAAACCAGUGAGCCGAGGACCGCAAAACGGCUGCCCGACCCCGGGAGGAGAGGAAGGCGGCGGCGAGCGCCGGGCUCUGGGUUCCAGGGACUUGUAGGGGUGCGUCCUGCCGAGCCUCUGCUGCGCGCUGGCAGGUUGCUGGCUCCAACUACACACUUGGAUCGCACGUGCAAUGUCAUUUGAAAUUGUUUUUAAUACAUGAAGAGAAAGAUAAAUAUAUAUAUAACCACCCCCGACCCCGGGCAACCGAGAGGGCGGCUCUUGGCUGCCCGAGUCGAGAAGGAGGGACCGCGGGACACAAACUUUAAGGUGUACCCUUCCAACCCUUCUGGGGCGAAUUUAGAACCCUCGGGAUGCCUUCCCCACUACGCUAUCUAGAUGCCUUUUCUCGUCAGCCUCCCCGCUUCGCGUCAAAACCCUCGGCGCGCGCUCUCCUUCCUAAUUACAAUGCAAUAAGAGGAAUCAGUAGUUUUCUGCCAGGGAAAGAGAACCAAGCCAGGAAGAGGGAGGGCUGCUUUUGUUGUUCUCCCUCAAACAGUGCUGUUUUUAUUUUAUUUUUUGUCGCUGCACUUCCUACUUAGUUCCAAGGGAGACACUCUUUACCUCUCUUUCCUUCCUUUAAAAAUUUUUUCUUCUUUCAUCUUUUCCCUUUCCUUUUCUUUCCUUCCUUUCCUUCUUUCUUCCUUUUCUUCUUUCUUUCUUUCUGUCUUUCUUCCUUCUUUUCUCUUCCUUGCUUCCUUCUUUCCUUUGCAAAUAAAAACUUUUCCCUAUGUUGAAAAGUUUUUAUGUAUUUAAACUACCUACCGUGCCUGCUGCGCUCAGGUGUUUGUUUAAUCUCCCAUCCCCACCCUUUUUCUACCUCAAAUCUAUAUGACCACUCACUGCCCCCUCCCUUUGCCAGAGCAGUAUCUAUGCUCUUGACUAAUAAAACAUUUUCUGAAAUCA